AUGGCGGCGGUCGAGAUGAAGAGGAGGAAGAGGGGGAUGGGGGCCGGGGGUCUCCUCGGGGGCCUCCUUCUGCUGGGCGCCUUGGCGAUGGGUCCCGUCCAUUCCAACUCCGUGGAGCGGAAGAUCUACAUCCCGCUGAACAGGACGGCGACCUGCGUCCGCCUGCUGAACGCCACCCACCAGAUCGGCUGCCAGUCCUCCCUGAACGGAGACACCGGCAUCGUCCACGUGGUAGAGAAGCAGUCGGAUCUCAACUGGGUGCUGUCCGAGGGGCCCCAUGCGCCUUACAUGGUCCUCCUGCACGGAGAGCUUUUCACCGGGGAUCUGAUGCAGAAGCUGAAAGGCAGCUCCCGGAUCUCCGGGCUGGCCGUGACCGUUUCCAGGCCCAGCCUCCCUCAAGGGUUCUCGCCGGCCCUGAAAUGCCCCAAUGACGGCUUUGGCGUCUACAACCACACUUACGGCCCCGAGUACGCGCACUGCAGUGUCACCCUGUGGAACCCUUUCGGCAACGGGCUUUCCUACAUGGACUUUGGUUUCCCUAUUUUCCUGCUUCAAAAUGAGAAUGAAACCGAGGUUAUUAAACAGUGCUUCAGAACCUACAACCAGCCUAUCAACGGCUCUGCCCCCCAGUACCCGCUGUGCGCGAUGCAGCUCUCUUCCCACAUGCACGCGGUCACGAGCACUGUCACCUGCAUGCGCCGCAGCGCCAUCCAGAGCACCUUCAGCCUCAACCCUGAGGUGGUGUGCGAUCCGCUCACCGAUCAAAACGUGUGGAACGCCCUGAGACCCAUCAACAAGUCGGAGGAGCUGGACCCCAGAAGCGUCGUCGUGGCUUCCUCUCAAAUCGACAGCCACUCUUUCUUCUGGAACAUUGCACCCGGGGCCGAGAGCGCGGUGGCUUCGUUUGUUACACUCCUGGCUGCCGCCGAAGCGAUCCGCAAAGUUCCGGGCAUUGAGACCUUGCCGAGGAACAUCAUGUUCGCUUUUUUCCAAGGGGAGACCUUCGACUACAUCGGCAGCUCCCGCAUGGUGUAUGACAUGCAGAACAACAACUUCCAUAUUAAGCUGGACAACAUCCAUUCCUUCCUGGAGCUGAGCCAGGUGGCGCUCAGGGAGAGCUCCAGCCUCUGGGUGCACACAGACCCUGUGUCUCGGAAGAACCAGUCGGUGGAAGAAAGCAUCCAAAAGAUGGUGGAGACCCUGAAAAACAGCAGCAAAGACACCGGCGUGGUCGUGGGCGAGACCGGCGUCUCCCAGCCCCUCCCGCCGUCCUCCUUCCAGCGGUUCCUGAGGGCCAAGCCGAUCCCGGGGGUGGUGCUGGCUGACCACCGCUCCUCUUUCCACAACAGGUACUAUCAGAGCAUCUACGACACCCCGGAAAACAUCCUGAUGAGCUACCCGGAGGGGCUGAGCCCGGAGGAAGCCCUCAGCUACGUGACCGACACGGCCAAGUCCCUGGCAGAAGUGGCCACCGUGGUCGCCCGCACACUCUACCAGCUUGCAGGAGGAGACGGCGGCAGUGUCUCGGCCAUCGCAGCAGAUCCCGUGACGGUCACGCGCCUGCUGUACAGCUUCCUGGUUCGGGCCAACAACUCCUGGUUCCAGUCGAUCGUGACGCCGGACUUCAAAGGAUAUCUGACGGACGGGCCCCUCCAGUACUACAUUGCCGUCUCCAGCCCGGUGAACUCGACCAUGCUGGUCUACUACGUCUUGGCCAACCUCACGGGCACCCGCCUGAACGACAGCACCACCAAAGAGCAGUGCAAAGCCUCCGCAGGAGACUUGUAUGAGUACAUGUGGGUCCAGGGCUCUCCCUUCCCGAACGCCACGUCCCCACGCAAGCCGUUCUGCGUUAAGUCAACCGUGCGCCGCAGCCCGGCCACCUCUCCGGCCUUUGAGCUCCAGGACUGGGGCUCCUCCGAGUACUCCACGUGGACAGAAAGCCGCUGGAAAGAGCUUCACGCUCGGAUCUUCCUCGUGGCCAGCAAGCGGCUCGAGAUCAUCACCCUGAUUAUCGGCAUCUGCAUACUCGUCCUCUCAUUUGUGGCCACCUACUUCAUCAAUGCCAAAGCCAACGUCCUUUUCACCCCCCCGGCGGACUCGGGGGCCGUGGCUUAUUGAGAGCGGCUUAUGGGAUCCUCGCGCGUGGAACCGGGCGAGGGAAGAGAGCAAACGAACGAACUUGGAUGUCGCUGGUAGAACAACACUGGAGUUCUUUCCCCGACUGAGACAAAACUGGAUUGGAAGCAGACCUUUCUUCCCCACGAAAGAAAGGCCACCGGACCGGCCACGGAGGGCUGGGGGGGGGAGCCUUGGCCUGGGUCUCCCCCUCGCCUUCAUCUCUCAUGGCUGCACCGCGGUGGGCGAUCAGAAGCCUCGCGCCUGGCGAUAUAACUGGCGCGCAGCAACGGCUGGGCAGGAAACGGGCAGAUCCCAGGAAUAAUCCUCUCCGGGGGACGAGACACUCACGCAAACCCACUGAUCUCUGUGUAUAUCAGGAUGAAAGGAAAGCAGGACAUAGGGGAGUCUGGAACCCGGGGGGGGGACCUUGGGUGUAAAAGAUCCU